AUGAGAAGUCGGGAACUUUCCAACAUUUAUUUAGCUGGCUGCAAGCUUCGAGGGACUCUCCCAAAUUUCACAACCCCUGACUCAUUAAGCUCUUUGGACCUGUCAGAUAACUAUUUCACUGAAGGUAUUUCAAAAUUUUUCACAAGGGUGACAACCUUGGAACAGGCCAAGCUUUCAAACAACCAACUGAAGUCUGAUGUAUCUGCAAUCAAAUUGCCAGAUGGACUUUCAUCAAUUAACCUCCAUUCAAACCAACUCUACGGUUCUCUAUCAAGUAUUCUAAGCAACAAGACAAGCAAGUUUCUGGAGGUAGUUGAUAUUUCAAACAAUCAAAUUUCAGGUACCAUUUCUGAAUUCAACAAUAGCUUGAACCUGAAAGUGCUCAACAUAGCAAGCAACAAACUUACAGGUUACAUUCCCAAUUCAAUCUCCAACCUUGCUAAGGUUGAACGAUUGGACAUUUCAAGGAACCAAAUAGGAGGCACAAUCCCAACCAGUUUAGGAUUGUUGCUCAAGUUGCAGUGGUUGGAUUUGUCCAUCAACACACUUUCCGGGAAAAUCCCUGACAGCUUGCUACAGAUUGAAGCGCUGAGACACGCAAGCUUCAGGGCCAACAGAUUAUGCGGUGAGAUCCCACAAGGAAGACCAUUGAACAUCUUUCCUCCAGUAACUUAUGCCCAUAAUCUGUGUUUAUGUGGCAGGCCCUUGCCACCUUGUAAGGGAAAGAAGUGA